AUGUGCGGAUCUGGGCGUGGCUUCACUGGGGGACAUGUGCAGAUAUGGGCGUGGCUUCAUUGGGGUGAGUGCAGAUCUGGGCGGGGCUUCACAGGGGUGUGUGCGGAUCUGGGCAGGGCUUCAUUGGGGUGUGUGCAGAUCUGGGCGGGGCUUCACAGGGGUGUGUGCAGAUCUGUGCGUGGCUUUGCUGGGGGGCAUGUGCAGAUAUGGGCGUGGCCUCACUGGGGGACAUGUGCAGAUAUGGGCGUGGUCUCACUGGGGGACAUGUGCAGAUCUGUGCGUGGCCUCACUGGGGGACAUGUGCAGAUAUGGGUGUGGCCUCACUGGGGGACAUGUGCAGAUAUGGGCGUGGCCUCACUAGGGGACAUGUGCAGAUCUGUGAGUGGCCUCACUGGGGGACAUGUGCAGAUAUGGGUGUGGCCUCACUGGGGGACAUGUGCAGAUAUGGGUGUGGCCUCACUGGGGGACAUGUGCAGAUAUGGGCGUGGCCUCACUGGGGGACAUGUGCAGAUAUGGGCGUGGCCUCACUGGGGGACAUGUGCAGAUAUGGGCGUGGCCUCACUGGGGGACAUGUGCAGAUAUGGGCGUGGCCUCACUGGGGGACAUGUGCAGAUAUGGGCGUGGCCUCACUGGGGGACAUGUGCAGAUAUGGGCGUGGCCUCACUGGGGGGCAUGUGCAGAUCUGUGCGUGGCUUCACUGGGGGACAUGUGCAGAUAUGGGCGUGGCCUCACUGGGGGACAUGUGCAGAUAUGGGCGUGGCCUCACUGGGGGGCAUGUGCAGAUCUGUGCGUGGCCUCACUGGGGGACAUGUGCAGAUAUGGGUGUGGCUUCACUGGGGGCAUGUGCGGACCUGGGCGUGGCUUCACUGGGGGGCAUGUGCGGACCUGGGUGGGGCUUUACUGGAAGCACAUGCAGAUCUGCUGUUAUGGCGUGAAAACACAGGGUGGCCUUACCUUUGUCAUGAAGAAGCAGUCAUCGAUUUUCAGGAUGGAGCAAAGUAAGGAAGCGGGGGUCAGGUGCACCCUUCGUGUUUCUGCUCAAUCUAACAAGUAAUUUUUAUAUGACCCUCAGUAUUUCAAUAUCAUGGACUUGAUAAACUGCUUAACUGGGUUUAAUCUGAGGUCUGACAUCAUCAGUCAAACUUGGCUGUGCUGUAAGGCAAGUGUUCCUGUGUAUGUGCUUCCGGCGUGGGGAGAGGAUCGUCACCGUUCGGGGGAGGGGGUCACGUCUGUUAACUUUCAGCUCUGGUUAGUUAAAGCUGUUCUAUGAAAUAUAAAACAUAAGACCGCUGGUUUACCCCCAUGUAUUAUUACUGUAAGUAUGUACUUGUAUACUGUCAUAAAUUAUAACAUGUGUAUACAGACUGGCAUCGCGAUAUGAGUCUGCAGUUAUCAGCAAUGUAUUUAAACAUGUGGAGAGGAGCUGGGAGGCCACUAUUCAGACCGACCCCUCCUGAAAAUCCACCACACAUCAGCUUACAGUCUAUCUCUGGGAGGGGGGGGAGGCAAUGUCAUCCAGUCGUUGGCCUUCACACAGCUAAAGUGGACUAAUACUAUAAAAUAGUAAACUCCAGAUUUUAUUUAUGGAUGUAAUGUAUGAGGGAUUGUUUUUCAUUUUAGCUAUUUUUUUUACUUUUCACUUGGUCUCUGACCAGGCAAACAACCUAUUAAUCAGAUUCCUUGUAUGUCUAAACAUAUUUGGCCAAUAAAGCUGAUUCUGAAAUACUGUAUUGAGUAUCAUGGUAAGACUUUCUUUGAAUUGCCUACUAUAUACCAUAAUGAACAGCAUCUUUGUGUCUUUUCAUGUUUAAAACAGUGGUUAUAAAUUACAGACCCUUAUAUUGGCUGAAAUUGUACCAUAAGAAUAAAACAGCUAUGUAAUUCCGUUC